AUGACUGUGGCCCUGGGCCUCACCAGGGACGCCCAGACAAUCAGCGCUGACGGUGAAGAGCACAAGAGGAAGGAGGAGGUGGAGAAAGAAAAGCCAUCAGAGGCAGCGGUGGAGGUCCUUCCCAGAGAAGACACCGGAGACCCUCCUGGACUCCUGAUUCCGAGGAAGAAGACCCGCAGACAGCAACACCCCCUGCAUUAUAGAUGGGUUCUGUGGUUCUUCAAGAAUGACCGAAGCCGGCCCUGGCAGGAAAAUCUGCAGCCAGUCACCAGGUUUAACACCGUGGAGGACUUCUGGGCGACAUACAGACACAUCAAGCUGGCCAGCAAGCUCUCUUCGGGCUGUGACUAUGCUCUGUUCAAGGAUGGCAUCCAGCCCAUGUGGGAAGACUACAGGAACAAGCGGGGUGGCCGCUGGCUGCUCAGUCUUGCCAAACAACAGCGCCACACAGAACUGGACCGUCUGUGGUUGGAGACACUGCUGUGUCUGCUGGGGGAGAGUUUCGAGGAAUUCAGCCAGGAGGUGUGUGGAGCCGUUGUCAACAUCCGCACCAAGGGGGACAAGAUUGCUGUGUGGACAAGUGAGGCAGAGAACCAAGCAGGAGUCAUGCACAUCGGGCACGUAUACAAAGAGCGUCUGGGCCUCUCUGCAAAGACCAUCAUUGGGUACCAGGCCCACGCAGAUACCGCUGCCAAGAGUAAUUCUUUAGCCAAGAACAAGUUUGUGGUGUGAAGCAGACCUCAGCCACCGGUCCUGGGACACCCUCCUCCGGCUGUUUGGUGCACAGGGAAGACUACACUGCGGAUCACGGGACAGCUUGGUUCUUUACCUGUCUCGGAAUACACAUAUGCACCCCCACCCCUUAGAUAAGCUCUCACUAUGCUGCCCAGGUUAACCUCCUAUUUAUGAGCUUACGGCAUCCUCCCACUCCAGCCUUAAUAACCGGGGUUACAGUAGCUGAGCUCCCCAUUGUGUCUGGGUUCAUGAAAGAUUCCUUCCCCAUUUGUUAGGCCCAGGCCUGUGGCAGCUGUUCAAUGCUUAUAAAUCACACUUGACCCCUAGCUCUCUGUGUGGCCAUUUGGCAAAGGCAGGGUGAAGCCAAGUCCUGGC